CGCCCCUGGGGUCGGAUCCUCCUCACAGAUGGCCUCCCGCCCCGUGUAACCUGCCACUGUAAACAAGGCAGCUCUUGACACUCCAGCAAGUUACUCUGCGGGUCCAGCCGUGGCGUUUGGCGGCAAUUGAGAGGGUGUGGAUGUGUGGGCCAUAGGACAAAAAUGAUGCAGUAACCAGAGACAGGCAGUGGAGCUGAACAUGACUAUGGGAACUAUAAAUAUUUUCUGCCCAUGGGAGGACAGUUGUCCGGAGCCACUUCUGGACACGUGUGGAAAAUUUGUUAUCACGCAUCCCGAGACCUUUUGUGUACUGCACCAAGAGACAGGCUUGUGGUACCUCAGACCAGGUGUUGCUCUCCCAACAGAAAUAUGUGAAAAGUUGAUAAGUUUGUGGCAAGAUAGAGAUCCCGAGUUACUGGAUGAUAAGUUCAUAAAUAUAUUCCGAGACUUGACUAAUACGAGGUUAAAACGUAUCACCCUAAGAAACUCUGGAGUAUCUGAUGAUGGACUGAAUCUCUUACUGUCUCAUAAUUUAGUAGAGCUAGAUAUUAGUAAUUGCAGUAAACUCACAGAAAGAACAUUAGAAAAUAUAAAUAGAAUUGGUGACAGUCUAACAGCUUUAGUGAUUGGAAAAACAAAAGAGAUUCUACCAGACUCUGUGUUUUCAAUCUCACAACCAGAGUCCAGUGACAGCUCAGACUCCAGUCCUGUUAGUGAGAUCAAACAAAGGGGUUACAUCUUGCGGACACCGAACUUGAAAAAGCUGGUCGUCCGAGAGCUAUACCACCCGAAAGAACCGGAAUAUUUUGCUCUCCUGCUGAAGCCACUUACGAAGCUCACUCAUCUGGACUUGUCUGGCUGCUUCUUCCUUCAUGAUGUGUCGUAUAUCCUGCCCAUGAAGUAUCUAGUCUCCAUUAACCUGCAUAGUGUCCAGAGGAUACAAGAUGCAAUCCCAGCAAUCUCGGAAAUGAAAACAAUUAAAUUUCUUGAUGUUUCUCAAGCCAACCAGAAGUAUGGGAUGUUCGAGUCACCCGACAGUGUUCUGGCCAAGCUGGUGUUGAGUCUACCGAACCUCACCAGUCUUGACAUUUCUGGCACUAAUUUAUCGGGGGAUGGUACUUUCGAUGAAUACAGGGACGCGGAAGAAAAGGAGAGCCGAGUUGGAGAUAUGGAAACAGACCUGUGUGACAUCCCAGGGCUAAAAAGUCGGAUUCAUAACCCAUUGGAGUUUCUUGGCCUGUAUAACACACUUCACGAUGCCUGCCACAGAAAUCACAUCCCUGCCAAAGUGAUCACUGGUGAUGCAAGUGAAGAGCAGAUCUUGGCAGCCACUGCUGCUUACCUUGACAGACCAGAAGUGCUUGUUAAGGCCUUAAAUGAACUUUUCCAUAUCUUCCGGUUUGAGACGUGUCAUGAUCAACAAAGGGCUCUUAAUUUAAUAUUACUCUCAAUGUUAAGACACCGCAGGGAAAAACACAUCCAAAUAUCUGGAAGUGCAUCGCUAUUCUACAUUGCAAAGGGAGAAGAUAAAAAUAGUUUGAGUGUGAGAGCGAGACAGAAGAUGAUAAUAGUCUUACUAGAUGCAAUGGAGACGCACCUUGAUGAUUCAACUAUGAUGCGUAAUGGCUGCCUCACGCUCUGCCAGUUCAGAAUACCUCAGGAUGUGCUAUUCGAGUACCGCCGUUUGGUUCAGCUAUUGCUACGUUUAAUCCGAGGCCGAGGCGACGGAGAUGAUUUUGUUCGCCGUAUUGCCAUCUACCUCUUGAAUUCCCUAGCAUGCCAGGUUGAUGGAGAGCAGAAAGAGCUGGUUGGAGAUCUUGGUGCUAUUGAGACAAUGUUGAAGCUGAUAAGUGACAGGUUGCAGCGUCACAUGCACGAUGAUAUGCUGGAGAUUGCUUGGUCAGCCAUGUGGAACGUAACCGACGAAACGCCUGUUAACUGUUUACGAUUUUUAGAUGGCCAGGGCAUGACCUAUUUCCAAAAGUGUCUUAAGGAGUUUCCUGAUAAACCAGAGUUGCUGAGGAAUAUGAUGGGUUUGUUGGGUAAUGUGGCCGAAGUGAAGAGCCUCAGAGCACGCCUUAUGACCUCAGAACUUCUUACGACCUUUGCUGACCUCUUAGAUUCAAACUCGGAUGGAAUUGAGGUGAGUUACAAUGCUGCUGGAGUAUUGUCACACAUUGCCAGUGGAGGAGCCGAGGCGUGGACUAUCGAUCGCCCAACAAGAAAUGAGGUGCUGGAAAGAAUGGUGGCAGCAAUAGAACGAUGGGAUUUAGCAUCAAAGCGAAAUAUCAAUUACAGGUCCUUUGAGCCCAUACUACGACUCCUGGAAGUGUAUCAUACACCCCAGUGUCAACAUUGGGCAGCGUGGGCACUCGCAAAUCUCACACGAGUAUACCCUGACAAAUAUUGCUCUUUAGUUGAAGAGGAAGGAGGCAUUCAGCUGCUAGAGGAAUUACUCAAGUCUCCAGCUCCUUACCAGCGCAUUAAGUCUCUUGCAGGAAUUGUUAUUACCCAGUGCCAACUAUUUAAGGAAUAUGGUUCCCUCGAACAUAUGGAUUUCGACUCAGACUUCUAAUAUUUGAUAAGUAUGAAAGAUAGCUUGCAGAAGUAAUUAUGGUCCUCCAGCAGCAAGUUUAUGUACGAUACUUAAUGUCCUUCAUUUAGUAGUUAGCAUGAAACUGGCAGUAGAUGUUCUCGGGGAAAUUUCAAAGAAAUGUAAAUAGCUGAAGUGAGUGCUGAACAGUGAGGAUAUCUUUUACACAACAUAGUAUUUUAUGGGUGUCAAACUUUGGGGUGAUGUCGGCUGACGUGCAGUUACAAUUUUUUACCAAAAUUUAGUUUUGGCCUUUCUAUAACAUAAAUAAUAAUUAAUAUACAACUAUAUAAUAUAUAUAUAUAUAUAUAUAUAUAUAUAUAUAUAUAUAUAUAUAAAUUUUUCUUCAGAUUUUUAGUCUAUGCAAAAGGGCAUAGAUAAUAUUUUUGGCACAUAACUGAGCAGAGACUGUCUGUGCUGUAAUUGGUAAAAAUUUCUGAAUCUAGACCUUGUUGCUCUUAUUAUUUUCAUCAUCAUAUCCUUCUAUAUAGCUGAUGAGAGUAGUUACUGUAACAGUAAACCCUUGCUAGUUCCUACUAACUGUGGUGGUGAGACAUUUGCAAAAUUAUUAUAUUCCAGCUGCCCUGAACCCCUGGCUUCUCAUAUAGUAGUCCCAAAGUCCAGAUUGAGCCUUCAAUAUUUUCAGAUGAUGUAUUUGUUUAAGUAUAAUACAGUAUAUAUAGUGAUAAGACAAUUCAUAUUUGACUAAUUUAUCAAUUGUAUUAAAUGCUUUCCAUACAAAUCAAAUUAUAAAUUGGGGAGAAGUACAUUAUACCAUUUGUAACAAAAAUUGACCUGAUGUUCUUCGGCCUUUCUAGAGUAAUGCACUGAGUAUGAUUUCUUGUAUUCCUUGGCUACUCCAACCAACUUGAAGGUGACCCAGCAUAUUGUAGGCUACAGCUAUUAUUAUUAUUUGACAGCCAAGUCAAGAGAGAUACUGUUGAUUCUUUAUUUUUUUUUUUGUUUUUUAAGAAAUGUCGCAGAAGUUAUUGCUUGUAAAAGCGGCACUUGACUUACAAAUGCCUUAAUACUUGAGUUUUCAAGAAAAAUUGUGUUGUUAGCAUAUGCCUAAGAUUAAUGAGAGUUUAUCGAGUCCUUCAUAUAACAACAUGCAUUAAAGUUCUCAUGCAGAAGAGUUGACUGGUAUGAAAUAUUUUAUAUAUAUGAUCCAUUGGAAAUCAUAGGGCACACAGUUGAUUGCUUCUGAUCUAGGUUGUGUUGACGACUUAUUGUUUUUUUUUAAUGAUUUAAUAUUCAUUUUGUCCACUCUUAUGUACCAUUUUUUAGCUGUUGAUAUUGACCUAAUAAAACACUUAAAGAA